AUGCUAAAAGAGAAACUGUAAGAAGUAAAGGAUUAAAAUACAAAUUUAUAUGAACAUUUGAAUAAUUUAUUAACUAAAAUAUUAUUGGAUAAUCCAAAAGUAUGAAUUCAUAAUGAUUAAUAUAGAAUGCAUUUGAAUUAUUUGAAGAUUAUUCAUUUUAAGUAAAAUCAAAUGGAUUUAAAUUUGAAAAAUAUGAUGAAUUUGAUAAUGCAGAAAGAUCAAAAAUAAAAAUGGAUUAAAGUAUUUAAUAAAAGACAUUGAAACUUAUAAAUAAAAUUAAUCUUGGAACUGAUGAAGAACCAUAAGAAGCAACUUAAACUGGAUAUUUACCAAAUUUAAUAGAAGAGUCAUAUUUAUAUGAAUGGGCUGGUAUUGGAAUUGAUGAAAAUUAUAAAAUAUUUAAAGCAUUAACUGUAAUAUAUUUAUUAUAUAUAAUUAGUUAUUAUCUGUUACUAAAUAAGCAUCAAAAUUAAGAUUUUGGGGUAAAAUUAUGGGAAGAUAAAAGGAUUAUUAUAUUGCUGAAGGAAUUGCUACUACUUAAGUUGAAGAUGGGGAAUUACCACCUGAAGUUGAACCUAGAGGAACUGGAGUUAAUACUAAAUCAUAUUGGGCAUGCAAUGAUUUAUUAAAUGAUAAAGAUUGGAUUGAAUUACCUUUAAUUACACCUUAAUAAAUUAAUACUUCUAGAUAAAUUAAAUAUAUAUUUACAGGUAAUUUAGAAAAUGAUGUUAUUACUAAUCCUUAUUUCUUUGGAAAAGAAAAACAUUUAUUAAAAGCAUAAAUUGUUAGAAUUACAUAAUCUACUGUUAUUAUUCCUAAAGGUUAAUAUAUUUUAAGAGAAGGGGAACCAAGAGAAAUAGAUCCAGCACCUGAAUAUAAAUUACCAGGAUUUCAUGAUUUAAAAACAUUAAAUGAUUGGAUACAUUUCAAUUAAAAUAUAUUAAAUGUAUAUUAAUUAUAUAUUAUUAUUAUAUUAGUGUGGUAGAUUAGUACAUUUAAUACCAUCUGAAUUACCUGAAGGUAUUGAACCAGAAGCUUAUUAAAAAUAAAUAGAAAAUGCAGAUCCAUUUGAAAAUAGAUUAAAACCUAUAUCAAAUGAUAAAAAUGCUUGGAAAAUAAGAAUUGUAGGAGAUACAACAGAUUAUAAUCCUUUAUCUAAAGAUACUAAUAAUAAAGUUAAUAAUGGUGUUAUUAUUAUUAAAUCUUUAGUUUGGCCAGGAUUAGUAACAGUAUAUUCUGUAAUAAUCUAUUUAAUUUAUACUAGAAUAAAGUAUUAUCAUAAUUAUAUUAUGGUUAUGGAUAUAAAGCAACAAAUAAUCAUUUCUAUCCUAAAUAACCAUAAUAAGUCUAAUCUGAAUAGCCAGAUCUUCCUGAAUAACCAGAACCUAAUUUUCCAGCAGAAGUUCCUUAACAACCAUAAGAUUGA